GGUACGCAAAUCUCUUCAAACAAUAGAUUUUAAUGACUGACGAUGUGCAUAGAUCUCCUGAAAUCAAUAGACAUCCAUAACAAACACAAAAAUUAUGCAUUUCCUCACGGCUACGCUUCUUAAAGUCUCCUUUCUCGCCUCUCUGGUAGCAAGCGGAUCACUCCAACAGCUUGAGCCCCGAGCUAAAGCUGAGAACUGCACGGCUCCAGUAAAUUGCUGGAGUUUAUACAUGCGCUGGGAAGUUGAUCCUAAAGCUCCGCUAAUAGAUUUCGCAUUGGUUCUUAUGAAACAGCCCAAGGAUCUCGAAAUCGUCGACAAAGACUGCAAUAUUGUGAAAACUUCCAUGGAACAGUCGGAUCCCAAAGGACCAAUUACCGUCAAGAUGGAGGGAAAAUCUCCUAGCGAUUUGAUUAUUACUGGCGCUACCGGCUAUGGUAAGCCUUUGUUUACAUAUAAUAAUGCAAACUAUGGUGAUGAGGCUUGCGGAUGGGACACGGGGCCUGAUUGGGCUUCAUACAUUUGUUUAUUUUUGUAUGAAUGACCGGGGGUGAGCUGAAUUUUUCUCAGUGUCCCAAGUUCCCGAAGAGAUACUGAGAGAGCUGGAUAUGACUGGUAGUGAUACGGAAUAAUUAUGGAUAUGCUGGGCAUUGUAUCUGCUGGACAGAAAGAAUACAAGACACGUGAUUUUUAAAAACAUCAAAUAUUGCGGAUCAGAAAUGGUGAUUGUCUCCCAUGUAGUGACUGUAUCAUUGCUCAAAAGAAGUGAUUGAUAUGGAUGAGCAUAAAUGAGAAAUGAUUAGCUGCUCUACUGAUCGAGUCGUCGAUUUAAUCAUGAAUCUGAUGAGGUUAUAAA